AUCAAUAAAUUUAGAAACUUUUCAAUUUCUUUUUGCGACGGUCGUGCCCUCUGCGUCUUAACGGCGAACUACCAAAGAAACUUUCAACAUUUCAAAUAAUUUAUCGAGAUUAAACAGUUUAAAUAUAAUAAAAUAUAACGUUAACUUUUAACACCGACAACACCGCAAAACAUAACCAUAAAACAAGUCGAAGAGUACAUGCUGUAAUUCCAAGUUGAUAACAGACCGGCAAACAAAAAAAUGGCAGAAAAUGGGGCUGCCCCAUUGUCAGCUUUCGCAGUGUACAAGCAACAACAACAACAGCAGCAGCAGAAUAAGUCUUCGCCGAAACCGAAGAAGCGUAAACAGAAAGAAGUCACAGUUACAUCAGUUAGGAAGAAGAAGGUGCCAAAACCUAGUGUGACAAGCGACGAUGACGAGGAAAUACCUCAGUUGGUUGAAAUACCGGUAAAAAUGAAACCGGGCCCAUCGGCAAACCAUGUGAACAAUGAAAACAAAUCAAAACCGAAAGGUGUUCUGAAACUGAACACUGAACAGAACACUAAGGUUAAGCAAAGUAAAAAGGCUUCUAAAAAGACCUUGAAAAAGAAAAUAAAAUUAAAAGUGAGCAAAGUUAAUGGGCACAAAAGCAGUCCAGAAAAACCUUUAGACUGUUUAACUGAAUCAGCAAAACUGUUCAGAUGGUUUAUAAAUCCUAUUCCACCUGAUGUGUUCUUCAACGAAUUUUGGGAGAAGGAAGCAAUCUUUAUAGAAAGGGGUGCCAAAAACUACUACACUCACCUUUUAACCACUGAAAGGUUAGACAGGAUCCUAAGGGACAAUCCAUUGUAUUAUACAAGGAAUAUAGAUGUUGUUUCUUAUGAAAACGGCGUUAAAGAAAACUUCAAUCAAGAGGGCAGAGCUGUUGCGGCCGCCCUUUGGGACUAUUAUUCAAAUGGUUGCAGCAUCAGGCUCCUCAAUCCUCAGACAUAUGAUCAGAAGGUCCACCUGCUCUUGGCCACUCUGCAGGAAUACUUUGGCACCAUGAUGGGUGCGAAUACAUACCUAACACCACCUGGAAGUCAAGGUUUUGCUCCACAUUAUGAUGACAUCGAAGCUUUUGUAGUGCAACUUGAGGGUAGAAAACACUGGAAACUCUACAAACCUCAAGGUGCAGACGUCUUAGCCCGUGAUUCCAGCCCGAACUUGGACCGCGACAUCCUCGGCCCCCCCUUCAUGGAGGUGACUCUGAACGCCGGCGACCUGUUAUACUUCCCUCGGGGCACCAUCCACGAGGGCUGCACCGACCCGGACUCACACUCCUUCCACAUCACAGUUUCGGUGUACCAGCACACCGCGUACGCCGACCUGCUCGAGCAUGUGUUGCCGGACGCGCUCAAGAGGGCCGCUUUCGAGGACGUGGAGUUCAGGAAGGGCUUGCCGCUAAACUAUCUGAAGCACGUGGGAUGCGUAAACGGCGCCAAAGACACGCCGCAACGGGCUGAAAUCGUUCAGAAUGUUAAGAAGUUGAUUGCCAGUCUGUCACACUAUGUGGAUGUGGAUAGGGCUGCUGAUAAAAUGGGCAAGAACUUUAUGCAUGAUGCCAUGCCCCCCAUUUUGACCAAGCAGGAAGUCAUGUUUACGUCUAAAGGCGACGGAGAUUACAUGAAGAACGGCAAAGUUUACAACAGAGUUGAGAUUGGUUUAGAUACGCAGGUCCGCUUGUUGCGGUACUACUGUUUGCGUGUAGUCAAUGAAAACGACAAGGUGUCUAAGAUUUACUACUCGACUGACAAUGCUAAGGUGUACCAUGGUGAAGAGGCACAGUGGCUUGAAAUCGACAAUGAAUUGGUUCCCAUUCUAGAGAAGAUGCAGUCAAUAUAUCCGGAAUUCAUAGAGGUGGAGCAAUUGCCCAUUAAAGAUGAUACUGCUAAAGUCCAACUAGUGGCUGAUCUUUGGGAGAAAGGUUUGUUGGUUACAAAAGGACCAUUGGCAGCUUUCAGCGGAGAAGAGGACAGUGAUUAUGACGUGGACGAGUGGCAUAGUGACACCAUUGAGUUGGAGGUUACUUAAAUUUAAGUAAAUUGUAUUAUAAUAAUGUUUGUAAAUCUUUUUAUGUCUUAAUAAUCUUAAAUAUAUCUUUUACACAAA